UCGAAUGGAUGCACCAAAAGGAAUCAAACAUACCGAUUGAGUGAUAGCAUAAACGAUGUAAAAUUACGUCAGAAGGCUCCACUUCAAAAUUGAAGAUUUAUUAUUAACUUUAAUCAUUAAACAAGCCAACUUACACUCGUUAUUGUAGAACCAUCCAUCGCUUUUUGAUUUCCUCAUUUUAUUGGCGCUUUGGGCGUCACUGAGCUGUUCUGUAAAUUGAGGCACCCAGCGAAGACGCCUUUUCGGGGUGUAGCUGUCGUUAGCUUACUAUCUGCCCGCCGGAGAGGUAAAUGGGCCUUGUUAUGGAAGAUGCGUCCGGAGUGUGCUGCUCCACGGAAUUACCAACGCCUGGUCUAACCCGCCUCUGCGCAGCGUUAUCCCACACGCCAUGCCGGAUUUGCGCCAGUCACAAAAAUGAAUAAUUUAUUCACACAAUUUCAUACUUUUACCCAAGGAGGACUUUGUUGAGUGUUGGAAAGCACUCCGAGACCUGCUCCAAAUGCCUUUGCAUAAACAUUGUUGUCAUUACAUAAGGCGCACGCAAUCAGAAGAGAAGCCAAACCAAAGACAUUUGGAAGAUCUGUAAAACCGAGGCAUAAACACAAACUUAAGGUUAGUGGGUUAUUAAAAUCACAAUCAAGAAGACAGAUCUUGCCACGUUCCGUUGGUGAUUAAUAAAAUAUUACGUCAAGACAAAGGAUUAUACCAUUACAACAACAAAAAAUGCAAGAAACGCAGGAACUGAAGAGCAGCCAGUGCGCACAGAUAUCAACAGAAUACUGAAGGAGAUUUAGCAAGUUGCGUCUAGUUCCUCCGAGAUUAGAGGAGAAGGAAGGAAAGGAGAUGUGUUGGAGGAGGCAGAAAUGAAGAGAAAUGAGGAGCAGCAGCUUUGGAGAGGCAGAGAGGUCGAGAGAAUAAAAGCAGGUGGUGUGGAGACCCAUGUGGCUGUAUCUCUGCUGUCAGCUUCGAGGAUCCUUGAAGUGUGCAUGGGUCUCUGCUGGCUGCGGUCCGCUCCGCGUGGACUGGCUGCGGGCCGGCGGAGUGGCUACGGACUGUGGAGGCAGUAAGAGCGCAGAGAACGCCUGCGACCACUGAGCGGCACGCAGCCCAUAUUUGGGACAUGUCGGGGUGGAGAAGAAAAAGAACGGACGCUAUCUGCCACGCAGGGGAGUGAAGAGAGAGGGGGAGGCUAUGGAUAUGCCAGAGGAUGAAUCGUUGUUGAAGAACGGGACGCAAGACGGGCGGGAGCCGAGCCGGGGAGGCGCGCGUCCUGCGUGGGCAGUCACAGCGCUGGCCAGCGUGCUGAUCUUCACCACUGUAGUGGAUGUGUUGGGGAACCUGCUGGUCAUCAUCUCUGUGGCCAGGAACCGUAAACUCCGAAAUGUGGGAAAUGCCUUUGUGGUGAGCCUAGCCUUCGCCGACUUGGUGGUAGCAUUCUACCCUUAUCCUCUGGUGUUGUAUGCCAUCUUCCAUGAUGGCUGGUCAUUGGGAGAGACCCAGUGCAAGAUUAGUGGCUUCCUGAUGGGUUUGAGCGUCAUUGGCUCCAUCUUCAAUAUCACAGGUAUCGCCAUCAACCGCUACUGUUACAUCUGUCACAACUUCAGCUAUGACAAGCUGUACAGCAACCGGAACACACUGCUGCUGGUUGCACUCAUCUGGUUCUUGACAGUCAUCGCCAUUGUGCCAAAUUUGUUUUUUGGUUCCCUGCAGUAUGAUCCCCGUGUCUACUCAUGCACAUUUGCACAGACUGUCAGCACGUCCUAUACCAUCACAGUUGUGGUCAUCCAUUUCUUUGUGCCAAUUUCUGUGGUCACUUUCUGCUACAUGAGGAUAUGGAUCUUGGUCAUUCAGGUAAGGCGCAAGGUGAAAUCCGAGGUACGUCCUCGCAUCAAGCCCAGCGAGUUGAGGAACUUCAUCACCAUGUUUGUUGUGUUUGUGCUUUUUGCAAUUUGUUGGGCACCACUCAACUUUAUUGGGCUUGCUGUUGCCAUUAACCCGGAAAAAGUCGCACCUCGCAUCCCGGAGUGGCUCUUUAUCGUCAGCUAUUUCAUGGCUUACUUCAACAGUUGCCUUAAUGCCAUCAUCUAUGGCCUACUGAACCAGAACUUCCGCAGGGAGUACAAACGUAUUGUCAUGUCUGUAUGGUGGCCACACCUCUUCUUCCAAGAAACAUCGCGAGGAGGGACUGAUGGCAUACGGAGCAAACCAUCACCAGGACUCAAUAACAAUGACCAAGUAAAAGGAGAAACUCUGUGACACAGUUUGUCACUACUGUGCCAAAGCCUCAACAAGCACUUGAAACACAAUGGUCGCGUGAACUACACUCAUAUGAAAAGACAAAAAAACGAAAGUAAAAUAACCAUGUUCAUCCUUUUUGAGUGCCAUUCGUAACAUUUAAAGCUCAUCAAUUUAGUUUUUUACUGAUUUCAUCAGCAGUCUUGGGGCCUGAUUGAAAAUGAAAGCCGACGAGGAUGACUUUUCCGCUCAUAUAAACAUUUUUAAAUGCCAGCGACAAAAAUGAUCACAACAGAUGACAAAACUCCUUUGAACUCUGGAUUUCUUUGCAUCUGGGUCAUUUCAGCGCAAGGUGACAAGUCGUGCUGAUGCAUUCUUUUGGUGUGCUCUCUCAAGUUGGAAAUGUAAUGUUUCACAGGAUGGGCAUAUACAUCCAACUGCCACCCGUCAGUAUGAAUUCAACAAAACAAAACAAAAUAUGGCUUUUCGCCCAAAAUUAUCAAAGCGAUAACAAUUCUUUACUGUAACUCAAUAAUAUGUUUGUGUCUUCAACUGUCACUUCCAGUUCUAUCACUGCAAACGUCUUUGUGUGCUUGAAGUGUGCCCUCCCAAAUUUUCCAUGGUGAAAACCAUCAGAGCUACCAAAGGUGCAAAAGCCUCUUAAAUAUGGCGGCCUUCACUACUUUUACAGCUGUUGCUAACAGCCCGCGCAAUCUGUUAGAGUCAGUCAACAUGCAAUUUAGUGCCUGCUAUUUGGGAUCUUAGUAAAAGAUCGGAAUCGUAUUAGAUCACACGCAACAUGCCAACCAUCAGCACUCCUAAUCUGUGUGAGAGUGAACACGCAAUUUAGUGCCCGCUAAUUGGGAUCUUAGUCAAUCAGGCCCUUGGUAGGAAUUAGAUUGCUAUUCGUGUACUACUUUUUUUUUGUUUUUUUGUAAGCACGCAUGAAUUGCUGCUCAGAGAAGAAACGUUUAUUUAAGGAGGGCAAUAGUGGGAGAUGUUGUCUUGGGCCUUUUUGUGUGACGUUUGCAUGUUCUCUUGCCUCUUCGCUUCCAAAGCAUGUUUGUUUGGUUAGUUCAAAACUAUAUUACCCAGACAUACAUAUGAAUGUGAGUAUUUGUCUGUCUCUAUGUAUCAACCAUGUGAUUGACAGGUGAUCAGUACCCGUUGCACCCCGCCUCAGUUGAGACAGGCGCCGACUUCCCUGUGACCCUAAAAAGGAUAGAAAAUGAACAGAAUAUUUAUGUAGCACAAGUAAAAAAUAAAUAAAAAAAAGCCUUACACUUUCUUUUCAUCAGUCAUGAAAUUCAGACACAUUUUCUAAUGUCAUAUGAUUUUCUGUUUGUGGGAAUUCAAAAAAUAAAUACUGUAAAUAAAUUGAUGAGCUUUAACAUGCAAAAUGUUUAAACGCACACUCAGGGUGCCUGUGUUGUUUCGGUAAUAUAUCUUUGAAAACAAUGGCACCAAAAUACAGUUGUAGUCUUACAAAGUUUGGUGACAAUUGUAUGAAACACAGCAGCUUCUUUAUCUUCUUAAUAUCAUAUUAGUAAGGUACAACUGUGCAAGGUGUUUGGCAACACCAACUGUUUCUGAAGGUAUAGUAUAUUGUAUAUCAGAUUAUUCGAUUACAAUUUUCAUUGUAUCACUUUUAUGACUACCAUGACAAAAAUGUGUUAUAUUUGAUUCACUUUGCUGGUGGUUGAUACCUCAAGUUUUUAAUUGUCAUAAAAAGGUGCCUGUAUUGCUCAUUUUCUUAACCUGACCAAAAACAUGAACCACUUAUACCAGACCAUACAUGGACAUCCUGCUGUAAGAUUGUUUACACUCUGAUGCCAAUGUUUCAUUAGACUUAAUGGGAAUAGGCAGCAUAACUACAUACAAUAUAUAUUGUAAAUGUUUUUGAAAAAACAAAACAAAACAAAAAAACAUGCAGAACAUUUAUCUGGCAAUGAUGAAUCUCUGUCAUUGUAGUUUUUCAGAAUAUACCAUAAUUUGGGGGUUGGAGAAUAUCUUUAAAAAACCAUUCAGGUCGGUCAUGGAUUGCAUAACAAUCUAGGUGGAAUUAAUAUUGACGUUUUAUGGAAUGUUAACGCAGCAUCUUGAUGACUUCCAGAUGUAUUUUGUUUCAUCCAUUUCAUGGAACAUACUGGCAUAGACAUAAAGCUGCCAUAGAAAGGAGAGAGGUUUUGUUUUUUUCUCCAAGCACUUCAAAAAGUGCACAUUUCUUAAAUUUAAGUCUCAUGAAAGAAAACAAAAGGACAUUUGGUACAGUGGUACCUUCCAAAUUGAACACGAUCUAUUCCGGCUAGCUGGUCGACCUCCAGUUUGUUUAAAUUAAAAACCAUUUCCCUUCUUCAGUCAAACUGCCACCACAAUCAUUAAAGUGACAACGAUUGAAAAGGAGCUAGCCAGUCACCGAAAAACGAAUUAGAAUUUUCAGGUACCACACUAUUCACUUUGUUUGUCAAAAGUCCUUCAAAUUCUAAAUAAUGACUACGAUGGGCCAAUCUGUUGGUACUUGGGUCAAUGAUAAAUGAUUUUUAAAAAGUAUUUUCAAUAUUGAUGUAAUGCAUAUUUUUGAGUCCAGAACAGUGUGUUUGAAUAAGUCUCAUUUCUUGAAUAACUCUUAACUGUUUUAACUUCACCAUAAAACAAUGUCAGGUGGCGCAACCAAAUAUUUAUCAAAGUAUAUAUACAGUCUUAUCUAUAUUUUAAGAUUGAUUAUUUGUCAACUAUCCCUGAGGGUGUCUUCACUAGGUAACACGUUAUUUUGGGUUUUGGGUUUUCGGUAUUGUUAAACGUCCAAUUUUACAUUUAAAGACAGGAAAAUAAUUCCACAAAUUCAUAUAUUUACUAUAAUAACUACACUACACACAUUACAUGAACUUAACGUGCAAAUGAUCCUGCAAAAUGUUUUAAAGUGUGUAAUAUCUUUAAAUUUAAAACGAGGAAACAUUUUAAAAGUUUCAUGGAUAAUCUU